AUGAUGAAGAAAGAUACCACCGCGGUUUCCAUACGCACCACCAGUGACUCAUCCUCCGAACAAGUCCUCCUCGGACAAGGCAAGAAGCAGUCCGUGUUCAAGAAAGUCGUUCAAGCCAUCAAGGACAUCGAGCCUCCGGAGCCGGUGAUACCAACGCACACGAACCGCAAAUCGAUGCCAAAGAUGGGCUGGUAG